AUGGCGCCGGCGAGGGGAGGGAAGAGGCCCAGGGAGGAGCACGACGAGACGGGGAAGUCGGUGGUCCUCCUGAGCAGCAGCAGCAGCAGCGAUGACGAGGAGGCGAACGUCGACCUAAGUGUGAGGAUCUUGGAGAAGGCGAGAAAGCGGGAGGAGGAGAGGUGUGCUACGAAGAGGACUGUGGAGGCGUCGGAGGGACGGCCGCAGGUCGUGAUAGACCUCGCCUCAUCGGACGAAAUGGAGGGCGUUCGCGAGAGGAGUAAUGGGGGGACGUGGGAGGCGUCGCUUGCGGCGACGGUGGUAGCGGAGGGGUCGAAUAAGAAGAAGAAGAAGAAGAAGCAGAAGAAGAAACGGAAGGGCGACUCCGUCGGGCUCGGAGGUGGCGCCGGAGGGGAGCAAGAAACCGUGAAAUUCUCAAUCCUUUCUCUCUUUUUUUUUUUCUCCUACAUGCAGAUAGAACAGUGGUGGAAAUUCCUGGCCGGGAUUGCUGUUACUGUAUCAUGAUUUAUGAUAUUUUUCGUAUGUCGACUUGGUUCUUAUUCAGAUUUCCAUUUGUUAUGUAUCCAUGCGAGAGAAAAAGCGCCAUCUGAUCGAGAAAACUGUUUUGUCUUCCAAUGUAGGCUGAGAUGCCAAUCGUCAGAAACGAAGACGAAUCAGCUGUUAACCAUUCCGCUGUCUCUGAGACGAAUGGGGACAUGUCGGACAAUAUUGUUUUCAGAAAGCUUCUUGUAAGCAGUAGUGAGCUUUCCCAGAUUUCUAUUGAAUCUUCGUUGAGUUGCUGUAUCCUGAUCAGGGUAUUCAUUCUGCCUGUUUCUAGCGUGGGCCGAGGUACUUUGAACCGGGCAGUACACAGUUGGAGACUUGCUAUAAUUGUGGCGAGGAAGGUCACACAGCUGCGUAUUGCAAGGCAGAGAAACGGAAGAAACCAUGCUUUGUCUGUGGUAUGUUUGGACACAAUGCUAAUAAAUGCAGUCAGGUAUAACAAUGCAUGUCUUCGCCCUUUUCUUCCUUUUUUUUUUUUAAUUUAUGAUUUUCAAACGCAUGACACUAUUGAAUUUGGGAGAUCUUAUCACAAAUCUUCUAGAAACUCACAAAAAAUGACAAUUUUAACGGGAAAUAAAUCGUGUGGAAGAGAUUUUUCUCUUAGCUGUCUGCAAGAUUGCUUUAAUAGACCAUCUUUUUCAAUAGCAAAACUUCACUUCCAAGAUUUCUGACUAUCAAUACUUUAUUUGUGAAGGUGAUUGGUCCUAUGUCCUAUGAACUCGUAGCUGUUGCUUUAUUGUAAUGGACGCUAGAUCAUUCAUAAUCAUUGAAAUUUCGUUUCUGUGGACGAGCCCAUUUUAUGUUGACUACUCUUUGGCUUGUUUGCUUCACUUUAUGUCUAUCAAAGCUUCCUUACAAGGACAUGAAUAUGAUGAUGACGAAAACUGUGGUAUCACCGCCUAGAAUUAAACUAGGAACUCAUCAAUUCUCUCUCCUCUCAUAUCUUUUGAUAUCCAGUUGAUCAUUGUACCGCUAAGGAUUGUGGUCAUCUGUGCAUAGUUUUAAAACAGGUGCAACAAGUUUGGAUUGUAGUGCACAAACCUUAAGAAUUCUGCUGCUAGGGUUGGUUGGUGAAUGUGAUGAAUCAGUAAGCUAGAGAAGGUUGCCUUGGCCUAUAUGCUUUAGUGAAUUCGAGUUUGUGAGUUUGGGAUACUUAUACACGACCUCUUUAUCACAUGCAACAUAAUGACUUGGAAAUUGCCAAUUCUCAUGAUGCUAGAAAUAUCACAUAGUAUGCCUCUGUCUAUGAACUGCUGUGUGCUCGUAUUUUAAGGUUUUGAUGAGCAUAUCCAGUUUAAGAUGCUUCUUGAAAAUUUGUCAACCAACCAUUUAGAAUGUUGCUGAAAUAAAUGUUCAAUUACAGCAGUAAGUCGCUUACUAUAUUAUCUACAGUGGGUGGCAGCACAUAAUACUUAACAUACGGCUCAUGUGAGUAGCUCAAUUUGAGAGCAGAUGUAUACAUCUAUACACAUCUUGUGGUGGUGGAGGAUCAGGGUUGAAGUGGCUGAAUGAAAUUUGAGAGAAACCCUUCAGGCUUGGAAUAACUCUUCAAUUACAGCACUAGGCAGCUUGCUACAUUAUCUAACCCUUCUGAAGUAGAAUAAGCGAACGUUUUCACCUCUGGUUGUUAGAUUUUCAGAAGUCUCGGCAACCCAUUUCUCUAAGUCUGGGCGUUGGGCGAGCACCUACAACUAACUGAUCAUAUAUAUAUAUAUAUAGAUAUAUGCACUGGCAACUGGCCAUAACUUUUUUGCUGUUAAGGAUAUGAACAUCUAUAAGAUAGAUUUGACCAAUUUUCUUCUCACUACUGUCAAUGUAGGCUAUACGAGAUCAUGACUAGGAAUCAUGACCACAUUUAUUUACAGAAAGCAUAAACUCCUUUUAAGUAUUUCUGUGCAAAGCUGACGACAGUCAAUUAUGUUCAGGGGCAGAGUUGCCGUAUUAGCUGUUUUAUCUAAUUGGAGUAGUCAAAUAUCUCCAAUUUGUUAAGUGUUGUAGCUUUUCUCUCGUUCUUGUAUGGCUUAUGGCCUUCAGCUUCUCGAGUUUUUCUCCUUUUCAGGGCCAAGAUUGUUUCAUCUGUAAACGAAGAGGACAUUUGGCUAAGGAUUGUCCAGAUAAACAGAAAAGAACAUACCAAGACACGAGGAUCUGCAUACGAUGUGGCAGCAUCGGACAUGACAUGUCCUCAUGCGGGAAUGAGUAUCCUUCUGAAGACCUAAAGGUAGACUUUGGAUCUCCUUUGAUGCAUUUCUAGCUUCCUUAGUAUAUACCCUUUUCUUCCUGCAGAAUGUCAUAUGAUGAUGUAUGUGGUCUAUUCAAGCAUGCAAACCUUCCUUAAGUUCCUACCAUUUUCUUUUUGCAGAAGAUUCAAUGCUAUGUUUGCAAAGGCUUCGGGCAUUUUUGCUGUGCCGAGUUCGCUGUUAACUCUCCAAGGAAGAUCUCAUGUUAUAACUGCGGUGAUUCUGGCCAUUCUGGCGUGGUAUGUCUGGUUAUCUCCUUCCGCCUCUCAUAAGAAACCCAGAGAUCUUAGAGACUCCUCGUCUUCUUAUGCAGGGAUGUGCAAAGCCUCGGGGAGAACCCACCAUCGAUGUGGCACCCAAACUGUGCUAUAUCUGCGGCGAGGAAGGGCACUUUGCACGGGGUUGCACCAGAAGAUCAUCGUCCAAGGUUUCCUUCCUUCCAAGCCAUGGAUCCCAUGAAAUAAUUUUCCAAUCUGCAUCCCAUUGAGAUCAUAUAAUCAUUCGACAUGUCGAAUCACGCAGUUUGACCGGCGACAGGGCGAGCCAGCAGCGUCAACUCCCAAGUCAACUGAGUACAGAAGAACCACACCCACACAUGCCAAGAAGAGGAAAGAAUUCUCAGGGUCCAGGUCUCUUCCCCGUGAUCUGGGAAAUUGGUCGAGGUCUUCGUCUCACAGUAAUGGCUUCAAGAAGAACCACCCAGUCGAAGGUGGGAGAAGCGGCGGCAGUGCGGGGAAGUCAAGGAGCAGGGGCGGCUGGAUAGUUGACGACCCAGGGGACUACAACUGGAGGUCUCGGUCAUCUCCCAGGUCAAAGCCUUGGAACUCUCCGUACUCGCCGAGGACGCCUGUGAGGAAGAGCUUCAAGCAUUAUGACAAUGCUGGGAGUUUGCGGCAGUACCAUGAAUACUGA